ACACGCAACACCCGGGCAUCUGGACUCACCUCCUGAUCGCGCCGUUCCGCGCGCGCGCAUUCCUGGAGAUGAAGGUCACGGCGUUUCUUCCCGGCGUCUGCGGCCUCGCUCUCCUCCUCCUCCUCCCCUUGAAUGCCGCUGGCGUGGAGUCUCGAGGACCUCUGGGCGGCUACCACUGGUACACCAUGUUCAUGUUCGGCGAUUCGUUCGCGGACACCGGCAACCUCCCGAGAACGAGCUGCAGGAGCUCCUUGUCGCGUCAAUGGCACUACCCCUACGGCACCUUUAAUGGAAGUCGAAGUGGCAACCCGCUCGGCCGCUUCUCCAAUUACUUGGUUCAGCCCGAUAUCAUCGCGAGGAUGUUAGGGCGCCUCGUAGGCCCUCCGGCGUACAAGCGCAUGGUGAAGCACUACUGUGACCCGUCCGGCAUGAGCUUCGCCGUCGGCGGCUCAGGCGUGUUCGAGGUCCCGGAGAACCUGACGACCCUCUCCAAGCAAAUCGACAACUUCGAGAGGCUGAUCAAGGAUCGAACCAUCUCCAAAUGGCACCUCGCCGACUCCGUGGCGCUCGUCGCCAUCUCCGGCAACGACUACUCGCGCAUCAACUCCAGCGACGUCGGCAACAUGAUCGCUCUCAUCAGGAAGGUGACGACCGAGAUCACGGCGAACGUGCAGCGGCUGCAGAAGCUCGGGGUGAAGAAGAUCCUGGUGAACCAGCUGCACCCCGUCGGCUGCACGCCGUGGCUCACCAGGCCGACCAACUACACCGUCUGCGACUCGCGGGCCAACAUGGGCGUGGACCUCCACAACGGCCACCUGAGCAUAAAUUUGCGCAAGUCCAAGAACGUCCAUAUCCUCGACCUCGCCACCGCCUUCUCCAACAUCGUCAAUCCAGCCCCCGGUAAAGGCUCGAGGCUGGCCAAGAGGUUCGAGCACAAGCUGACGCCGUGCUGCGAGAGCUUUGAUCCCGAGGGGUACUGCGGGCAGCUGAGUAAGAACUCGGAGAGGCUUUACACCGUAUGCAAGAACCCCGACCAGUACUUCUACUGGGACAGCGUGCACCCUACGCAGGCCGGCUGGGAGGCCGUCAUGAAGCAGCUGCAAAAGCCUAUGCUCAAGUUCCUAACAAAGGAACACUAAGGCGCAUCUUAAUCUUAGGCACACAUGCAUGGGCGUGUGUAUGCACGCAUAUCGUAGUUAGGUUGGGUGUUCUCUUGGAUUCCAUGUCAUUACAUGAACAUAUCAUUCGCUACUUGUUGGUCUUGAUGCAAAUGAGCCCUGUAGUCUUCUGUUCUGAAAUAUUAUUGUACUACCUUCGUUCCUUUCAGUAAGGUGAA